AUGGAUUCUCCUCACAGCAACCUGAACAGACCCAGUGUGGAGCUGAGCGACAGGGAAGCCACAGAGUCUGCAGACGGCAGCACCACGGACGUGGACGACCUGCCGGUUCCUCAGCAGAUCCGGAUCACGAACAUCACCUGUGAUUCGUUCAAGAUCAGCUGGGACAUGGACGGCAGAGGCAGAGAGAGGAUCACCCACUACUUCAUCGACCUCAACAAGAAGGAGAACAAGAGCUCCAACAAGUUCAAACACAAGGAUGUACCGACGAAGCUGGUGGCGAAGGCGGUUCCCCUGCCUAUGACUGUGAGAGGCCAUUGGUUCCUGAGUCCUCGCACAGAGUACACCGUGUCCGUCCAGACAGCCGCCAAACGGCCGGACGGAGAGUACGCCGUCUCUCAGUGGAGCGAGAGCAUCGAGCUCUGCACCGCAGAUUACUCCACCGUCCAUCUGAACCAGCUGCUGCAGAAAGCCGAGGCGAUUGCCGGCAGGAUGCUGCCGUUCACCGUCUUCUACAGAAACCAACAGAAGGACUACUUCCAACAGGCCAGCCCGUCUUAUCGCUCCAGAGACGCCCAGUGCCGCCGCAUGCUGCCGUCCGUUAAAGACAACAGCGGCAGCCACGGGUCGCCCAUCAGCGGCAAACUGGAGGGGGUGUUCUUCAGCUGCAACACGGAGUUCAACACUGGGAAACCCCCCCAGGACUCCCCAUAUGGACCCUACCGCUUCCAGAUCCAAGCAGACGUCCUCUUCAACCAGAACACCAACGUCUACUUUGGGGAUUUCUACUGCAUGUACACGUCCUACCACUACGUCAUCCUGGUCCUGGCUCCUGACGGCUCCGACGGAGACGCCUUCUGUAAGGGGAGGCUACCGGCGCUGGACCGAUCCAACAACUGCUUCCUGAGCUGCACUGAGGAAGACGACGGCUUGCUGUCUUUCCGUCACGCCCAGGACGUCAUCCUGGAGGUGAUCUACACAGAGCCGGUGGAUCUGUCUUUAGGGAAAGUAGCACAGAUCAGCGGGCAGCAGCUCAUGAGUCAGUCCACCGUCAACGCCAAGAAAGACCCCAGCUGCAAGAUCUGCAACAUCAGCGUGGGACGUUAGCCGGAUCUCUUAACCGCUAAAACAAGCUAAUGACUAAA